GGAGGCGGGGCACUGGGUGACCAAUGUUUCCCACUCGGGCUUAGAGCAGUUGGGGUUAAUUUCCGCUCGGUAGCGGCCCGUCUACUGAAAAAAACUACCUAUAACUUUUCUCUGUCGACAGCCGUCGUCAUGUCCAACAACAAUGCCAGCAACAACUUAAUUAUCGCUCAGAGGGCCGUGAAGCAGCUCCGGUUAGAGGCCAGUAUCCGGAGGAUCAAGGUGUCCCAGGCUGCUGCUGAGCUGAGAAACUUCUGUCUGCAAAAUGCCUCCAAGGACCCUCUCCUGGUCGGGGUCCCCUCCAGUGAUAAUCCCUUCAGACCCCCCAAGUCCUGCUCCCUGUUCUGAGAAAGAAAUGUGGAGGAUUUCUGAAUUUAUCCACUGAAGGCUUUCAUCACUUCUACUUGAUGUCUCUGUAGAACUACCAGCUCCUCUUGGGAUGAUGCAAUGUGGGAAUGAUGGGUUCGGGAGGGAGGGGGAGGGGGGGCUGGUCCACUUGUUUGCCAAAACUAAUGGUAUCAUAACUCCCAUCUGUUACAUUAAAGCAGGGCCAAACUCUACAUGUUAAAAAAAAUUGUCGACACUAGCCUGACUAAUGAUUAAGCUGUUCUUGGUUUACCUAGUGCUCCGGUGUCCAUUUACUGUCUCUGGUCAGUGAAAUGCAGCCCAUGUGAUUGGCUACUGAAAGUAGAACUUCCUCUUGUAUUUUGUGUUGUAGGUGGAGAAACAAUCAAUUAUUAAUUUAAACCAGGUGCUGUUCAAGAAUGAGAGCAUGUUGUGUUUUAUAUAUACACUGUAUUUCAUAUUGUGUCUUUACAGAACACUAACUGUGUAUGUGGCCAACAGAUGUACUGAGCUAGCUUCUGAGCUAAAAUGAUUGGUGUCUUAAACUACUUAUAUAUAUGUGGCAAUAGUAAAGGUGUUACUACUAUUCUGAGCUACAACGACACGGUACAGACGUUUAACCCUUUCAGUGCAGGACAUGUGAUUGUUGAUUAACUGUUCAUCCCAUUGUUUUUCUGUAUGUAUUUAACAGUCUGUUAAGGUUACUUUUAUUAGCCUUUGUCUGUUCCUGUCUUUUUUUUUUUUUUUUUCAUGUCCUGGCCUUACACUAUUUGGAUAGUGAAACCUGGUAGCAAAUUGAAUGUAUAUCACUUUAGGUAUACAAAUGUUCAUAUCUGUUCUCUUCUAAUUUAAUGAAUCAUGCUGCAUUGACUUGCUGUAUUAAUCAAGUUUCCACACUGGAAUCAUGUUCCAAUCAACCAAAACUUUUACUACUGUUAGCCUCCAUCUUUCUCUACUUUGCUACUGUGGGCAACAUUUUAGAAAUUAAACUACUUUUUUGGACACUGA